AUGCCCUCGCCCACGAGCACCGUCACUCGCGCAGAGAGCCACGAGCGCGACUAUGACAAGGCCGAGAAGGGCGGGUCCGCCGCGAGCGCGAGCGACAAGGAGGGUCAGCAGGAGGACGUCGACAAAGGGCUGCCGAUGGCCGCGUCGAACGACAUCAAGGGGACGGAUAUCGCGCACAUCAAGCGCAGGUGGUGGUUGCCCAAGCCCAGGGAGCCGUACAAGUCGUUCGAGGACGCAGAGGAGAUCCCCUUCGCCACCGCCAACUUCCUCUCAAAGAUCACCUUUUAUUGGAUUCAGCCGAUGCUGAUCACGGGCUACCAGCGCACGCUCGUCCCGACCGACCUCUGGAAACUCCACGAAGACUUCCAAGCCUCUUUCCUCGCCGACAGGCUCGUCGCCAACUUUGAGCGGCGACGAAAGGCCGUCGAGGCGUGGAACAAGGCGCUCGAGGACGGGUCGUACAAGCCCUCUGCGCUGCGACGGGCAUGGUGGCGCGUCGGCAAGGCCUUCGGCGGCAAGGGCGACGGGAAGCGACAAGUGGGACUCGCACUCGCCAUCUCGGACACGUUCUUCUGGCGCUUCUGGUCCGCCGGUAUCCUCAAGGUCAUUUCGGACGGCCUCCUCGUCACCUCGCCCCUCGUUACCCGCGCCCUCAUCACCUUCGGCACUAAGGCGUACGCAGCGCACCGCGGCAUCCCCGGCUACGAGCCUGACCCUAUCGGCGUCGGGAUCGGACUCGCCUUUGGACUCUGGGGCAUGCAGAUUGUCGCCUCGCUCUGCCUGCACUCGUUCUUCGAGCGCUCGGCCGGUACGGGCGUCCUCGUCCGUGCAGCCUUGAUCGCCGCCAUUUACCGCAAGGCGAUGGUCCUCUCCGGCAAAGCCCGGACAGUCAUCACGAACGGCCGCCUCGUCAAUCACAUCGGAACCGACAUCUCUCGCAUCGACUUUUGCGCCGGCUUCUUCCACAUGAGCUGGACAGCCCCGAUCCAGCUCCUCGUCAUCAUGGCCAUCCUCCUCGUCCAGAUCGGGCCUUCGUGCCUCGUCGGAAUCGCCUUCCUCCUCCUCAUGAUCCCCCCUCAGUCGUGGGCGAUGAAGAAGAUGUUUGGAUUCCGUCGCAAAGCGAUGGUGUGGACCGACAAGCGCGCGCGGCUGAUCGGCGAAUUGUUGGGCGGGAUGCGGAUUCUCAAAUUUUUCGCGUGGGAGAUUCCCUACCUCGCCAAGCUGCAAGAGUACCGCGCGAAGGAGUUGAGGCAGGUCAGGAACUUGCUCGUCAGUCGCGCGGCGACGACGGGCGUGGCCAUGUCCCUCCCGACGCUUGCGACGGUUCUUGCGUUCAUCACCUACGCCAGCACCGGACACCAGCAGACCGCCCAGAGCAUUUUCACCUCCUUCACCCUCUUCCAGCUCAUUCGCAUGCCCCUCAUGAUGCUCCCGAUGUCGCUCUCGACGAUUACGGACGCCAAGAACGCUCUCGGACGUCUCGUCGAGGUAUUCCUCGCCGACGAGCGCGAAGUCACGCUCGACGUCAACCCCACCGCCAAGUACGCCGUCGAGGUGACCGAUGCCGACUUCCAGUGGGAAUCGCCGCCUCCCGACUCGGCGCCCAAGUCGAAGAAGGAGCAGGCGAAGCUCGCUGCGAAGGUGAAGAAGGAGACGAAGAGCGCCAAGAAGGAGCGCAAGGAGAAGGAGAAGAAGGCCAAGGUCGAGCUCAAGUUGGCGGAGAACGCGCCUGCCGACCCGGAGUCGACUGAGAAUAGCGGAGAUGCGACGGCUGGCGUGCCGGAUGCGACGGGCGUCAAGGGCGAGCAGGACACGGCGGAUCCGACAACGACGCCGGAGGAGAAGGAGGUCUUGCAGCUGCGAGACGUCAACCUCAAGAUUCCGAGGGGACAGCUUUGCGCUAUUGUCGGUGCCGUCGGAUCCGGCAAGAGUUCGUUGUUGCAGGCGCUCGUCGGCGAGAUGAGGAAGACUCGCGGCGACAUCAAGUUCGGCGGAACGAUCGCCUACGCCGCGCAACAAGCGUGGAUGCAGAGCUGUUCGCUCAAGGACAACAUCCUUUUCGGCCAGCCGUACGACGAGGAGCGCUACCGCCGCGUCAUCCACGAUGCCUGCCUCGAGGCGGACUUGGAAAUGCUGCCGUACGGCGAUGCGACCGAGAUCGGCGAGAAGGGCGUCACGCUUUCUGGUGGCCAGAAGCAGCGCGUCAACAUCGCUCGCACGCUCUACUACCCCGCCGACAUCGUCCUCCUCGAUGACCCUCUGUCGGCCGUCGACGCCCAUGUCGGCAAGGCCCUUUUCGACAACGCCAUCUGCGGCUCGCUCGCAGGCAAGACCCGCAUCCUCGUCACGCACGCGCUCCACUUCCUCCCCCGUGUCGACUACAUCAUCUGCCUCGACCACGGCAAGAUCACGCAGGAAGGGACGUACGCCGAGCUUGUCGCUGACAAGGAGGGAGCGUUCAGUCAGUUGAUGGAGGAGUUUGGUGGCGACGUCGAGGAGAAGACGGAGGAGAAGGACGAGAAGGAGGAGGCGGCGGUCGAGGAGAGUGGCAAGGACGGCAAGAAGAAGAAGGACGACCAGCCGAAGGCCAAGGCGCUCAUGCAGGAGGAAGAGCGUGCGACGGGCUCCGUUUCGGGCGCUGUCUACGCGCGUAUCUUCCGCCUCGCGAAGGGAUGGUACACCUUCCCGCUCCUCUUCCUCGCCAUCGCGCUUCAACAGGGCGCGCAAGUCUUGGGAUCGUACUUGCUCGUCUGGUGGCAGGAGGACCAGUUCCACCAGUCGAUGGGCUUCUACGAGGGCCUCUACGCGAUGUUCGGUAUCCUUCAGGCCAUCUUCUCGUUCGUUAUGGGCGUUGCGACGACCAUCAUCGGCUACAACACCUCCCGCUCGCUUCACCACGCCGCGAUCAACGGCGUCAUGCAUGCGCCGAUGUCGUUCUUCGACACGACGCCGCUUGGCCGCAUCAUGAACCGCUUCUCAAAGGACAUCGACACGGUGGACAACACGCUGAGCGACUCGUUCCGCAUGUUCGUCUCAACCGCGAGCAGCGUCAUCGGCGCCAUCGUCUUGAUCGCCGUCGUCCAGCAAUGGUUCCUCCUGGUCGUCGCUUGCAUCCUUUGCCUCUACGCCUUUGCCGCCCGCUUCUACCGCCAGUCUGCCCGCGAGCUCAAGCGGCUCGACAACCUUCUUCGCAGUUCGCUCUACGCGCACUUCAGCGAGACGCUCUCCGGCAUGGCGACCGUCCGCGCUUACGGCGAGCAGGAGAAGUUCCUCAAGCAGAACGAGGCGUACAUCGACCUCGAGAACAGGGCGUACAUGCUCACCGUUGUCAACCAGCGAUGGCUCGGUCUCCGCCUCGACUUCUUCGGCAGCUGCCUCACUUUCGCCGUCGCCAUGUUCUCCGUCGGCACACGGACGAGCAUCUCGCCAUCGCAGACCGGUCUCGUUCUCUCCUACAUCCUCACCAUCUCGCAAGCCUUCUCUUGGAUGGUUCGCCAGGGCGCCGAGGUCGAGAACGACAUGAACUCGGUCGAGCGUCUUCUGCACUAUGCCAACAACCUCGAGCGUGAGGCGCCCGCCGAGAUCCCCGAGACCCGUCCGCCCGUCGAGUGGCCGUCUGGCGGCGCGAUCGAGUUCAAGAACGUCGUCAUGCGUUACCGCCCGGACUUGCCUCCCGUCCUCAAGGGCCUCAACUUGAGCGUUCGACCGGGCGAGAAGAUCGGCGUCGUCGGCCGAACAGGCGCUGGCAAGUCGUCCAUCAUGCAGACGCUGUUCCGCAUCGUCGAGGUCUCUUCGGGCACAAUCGAGGUCGACGGCAUCGACAUCUCGAAGCUUGGACUCGCCGACUUGCGUAAGAAGAUCGCCAUCAUCCCGCAAGACGCGCUUCUCUUCGCCGGUACCGUCAGAACCAAUCUCGACCCGUUCGCCGAGCACGAAGACGCCGAGCUGUACGACGCGCUCAAGCGGGCAUGGCUCGUCGACCGCGACCAGCCGCCCCCUCGCGCCAGCAUGGGCGACAAGUCGUCCGAGCCUUCCUCCGCGUCUACGCCUACCGCAAGCCGCUUCACGCUUGACCUCGCCAUCGAGGACGAGGGUCAGAAUUUGUCGGUUGGUGAGCGGAGUCUUGUCUCGCUUGCGAGGGCGCUCGUCAAGGACUCGAAGAUCAUCGUGCUUGACGAGGCGACGGCUUCCGUCGACUUUGCGACCGACUCGCGCAUUCAGGCGACCAUCCGCAGCGAGUUUAAGGACAAGACGCUCCUCGUCAUCGCUCACCGCCUGCGCACCAUCAUCGACUCGGACCGCGUGCUCGUUAUGGACGCCGGUGCAGUCGCCGAAUACGACACCCCCAUCAACCUCUUCCGCGCUGGCGGCAUCUUCCACGGCAUGUGCGAGCGGAGCGGAAUCACUGAGCGGGACAUCCUGGAGACGGAGUUUGCGCUGCCGGCUCAGCAGGCGGAAUGA